CUUCACUCACAAAAAUAUCAUACAACAACACAGUCUCAAAACAUUAAUCACAUCAAAACUGUUUUCUGCGUCUCUAUAUUUUAAGAACCCUUCAUAUAUAAUCUCUCAUUUAACCAAUGGGUCAUGGCACGAACAGAAUAGAAGACAUGUCAUCUCCCAACAACGAAACCGCUGCAAGGGCCAGAGAAACGGUCGUGGAGAUACACAGCGUAUGUCUACCGCCGAAGAAAACAACGUUUCAAAAACUGAAAAAGCGUUUUGGUGAUGUUUUCUUCCCUGAUGAUCCGUUAGAGAGGUUUAGGAACCAGACAUGGAGAAACAAAGUGAUUCUUGGUCUACAAAGCUUGUUUCCCAUAUUCACAUGGGGUUCUCAGUAUGAUCUCAAGCUUUUUAGGUCUGAUGUUAUCUCUGGUCUCACCAUUGCUAGUCUCGCUAUCCCUCAGGGAAUCAGCUAUGCCAAGCUAGCAAACUUACCACCCAUUGUUGGUCUUUAUUCAAGCUUUGUCCCACCACUUAUAUACUCAGUUCUUGGGAGUUCAAAGCAUCUUGCAGUUGGUCCUGUCUCAAUAGCAUCACUUGUGAUGGGCUCAAUGCUAAGUGAAAGCGUUUCUCCAACACAAGACUCAAUACUAUAUCUCAAACUGGCUUUCACAUCAACUUUCUUUGCUGGUCUCUUCCAAGCCUCCCUUGGCCUUCUUAGGCUGGGAUUUGUGAUUGACUUUUUGUCAAAGGCAACUUUGGUUGGUUUCACUGCUGGUGCUGCGGUGAUUGUGUCACUUCAACAGCUUAAGGGUCUUCUUGGAAUCGUUCACUUCACUGGCAAGAUGCAAUUUGUUCCUGUCAUGUCCUCUGUUAUCAACACUAGAUCCGAAUGGUCAUGGGAAACUAUUAUAAUGGGUCUUGGCUUCUUGAUCAUUCUCUUAACCACAAGACACAUUAGCAUGAGGAAGCCAAAACUUUUCUGGAUAUCAGCUGCAUCACCAUUGGCAUCAGUUGUUAUCUCAACUCUUCUUGUAUACCUCAUCAGACACAAGACUCAAGCCAUCUCUUUUAUUGGUCAUUUACCAAAGGGUUUGAAUCCUCCUUCAGCAAACAUGUUGUACUUCAGUGCUGCUCAUCUUGCUCUUGCCAUCAAGACUGGUAUCAUCACAGGGAUUCUCUCUCUUACAGAAGGGAUUGCUGUAGGGAGAACCUUUGCAUCUCUAAAGAACUAUCAAGUUAAUGGGAACAAAGAAAUGAUGGCUAUAGGUUUUAUGAACAUGGCUGGUUCUUGCACUUCUUGCUAUGUUACAACAGGGUCUUUCUCAAGAUCUGCAGUAAACGUCAAUGCUGGAGCUAAAACAGCAUUUUCAAACAUUGUGAUGGCAUCAGCAGUUCUUGUGACCCUAUUGUUUCUGAUGCCACUUUUCUACUACACUCCUAAUUUGAUCCUAGCCGCCAUCAUAUUAACCGCUGUGAUAGGCCUCAUUGAUUACCAAGCGGCUUACAAGCUCUAUAAAGUUGACAAAUUCGAUUUCUUCACUUGCAUGUGUUCCUUCUUUGGUGUUCUCUUUGUCUCUGUACCUCUUGGCCUAGCAAUAGCAGUGGGAGUUUCAGUUAUCAAGAUCCUGUUGCACGUUACAAGGCCAAACACUUUGGAGUUUGGAAACAUCCCUGGGACUCAGAUAUAUCAGAGUCUAAAAAGAUACAUAGAAGCCUCAAGAGUCCCUGCUUUCCUAAUUCUUGCUGUGGAAUCUCCAAUAUGCUUCGCCAAUAGCACUUACCUACAAGAAAGGAUCUUGAGAUGGACCAGGGAAGAGGAAACUCGGAUAAGGGUAAACAAUGAUAGAGCCUUAAAGUGCAUUGUUCUUGACAUGACAGCUGUGUCUUCUAUAGACACAAGUGGGAUUGAAGCGUUGUUUGAACUUAGGAGGAGGCUGGAGAAGCAAUCACUUCAGCUUGUGCUGGUGAAUCCUGUCGGGAGUGUUAUGGAAAAGCUACACAAGUCCAAGAUCAUUGAGUCAUUGGGGCUGAGUGGACUUUAUCUAACAGUUGGUGAAGCUGUGUCUGAUCUCUCAUCAACAUGGAAAGCUCAUGGCCAGCCAUGAAAUUAACUUCUAAAAAGGAGAAUCUGAGAAACUUGUCCUGGAUGGUUGUUUCUGAAGACAAAGGCUCUGCCUCUUUAGAAACAAUUUUUGGUGCUAGCCGUCAACUCCUUGAGGAGGUUUCGGUUUUAAUUAUACAAUAAAUGUAAUUUUCAUCUUUUAAAACAUUGUAUGAAACCAUAAUUUAGACAUCAGAUACAAAGCAUUGAUCUUCUCACUCUACAUUUCCUAUCA